UCUACUGCAGCACGAGCCCCACCUCCAAAAGUUAAAUGUUUGUUUGUCUAAGUUGAUCUAAUACCACAAUUUAUGGCCGAAUUGAACAAAGGUUAUGAAGCUCUUGUGAGCUGUCAUGAAAUGCUGGUCUCUGAAAUUGCUCAAGACCCAAAGCAGAUGGCUGUCUCAUUAUUCCAGCAUCGCUUUAUAUUAGAAGAUACGAAAGCUAAAAUCAAUGAGCUAGACCGAACCAGAAAAGAUAAAGCGAUAUUGCUAGUGGACGACAUUGAAAACAAAGUUAAGUCUCAUCCAGAGUUCUACGAAACAUUUCUACUGAUUCUCGGUGAAAACGAAUUACUAUAUUGCGACCUUGUAGAGUCACUCCUACAGCAGUAUGAAAAGUAUGGAAGGAUUGAACCUGAGUCAAAGCAUGAUCCUCUAGCCUCAGGCCAGCGCAAAAGGUCAUUGCCAUCAGAUGUAGAAGUUGAAACUCUGUCAAAGCGUCCAAAGAAUGAUGUCACUGUACAAGUUGAUACAUUUGAAGAACGAUUGCUAAAAACCUUUCGAAGUGGAGAAUUUGGACAAGCUAUUGAGAUUCUAUCCCAGGCUGAAAGUCAGUCCAUUGAUCUGAGAGACGUGUCUGAUGCAGACGGCAAAACUCUCCUUCAUCUUGCAUGUCGCGAAAACUGGGUAGACUGGUAUCACAUCGUGUGUAGCCUCGUCGAUAAACACCAUUGCAAUGUUGCAGCAGUGGAUGAAGAUGGGAACACACUCCUUCAUGAGGCAUAUCAAUGCGGCAAUCUUCCAUGCAUAGAUUACCUGCUUACCUUACCAACUUGUAAUCCUGAUGCAAUUAACAAGCACGAGCAAACAGUACUGAGAAUGGCCCUGGAGGUAAAUGAUGAACUAACUGUAAGAAAACUUCUAGAAACUGGGCGAGUCGAUCUUGGACAAAGUAGGUCAUACGUUCAAAAGUUGCUUGCAAAGAAUCCCCAAUCACAACCACAAAGUCACGAUGGCUCAGCUCCUCUUCAGGGAAGCAUUCAAGUUGGAUCAUCAUCCCUUACUCGCUCUAUCCUCCAAUUAGCGGAAGCAUUUAUUGAUGAAGUGGUAAAGUACAAUCCUUCUAGCUAAUGUUUGUUCUAGGAACUGCAUGCAGCUGAGCUUUGAUAUUGGAGAACUGGGUCUAGAUUAUGUUUUCUGUUUCUGUAUAUAUACGAGAGUGUGCAAUGUUGAGUAUUAUACACGUUACAAGUUACAAGAAUAAAGUGUCUACGAAGUAUGAC